UGAGAUUAUUUAGAGAGUGUCCUGAUGUCGAUAUUUUAACGGUUUUUUAUUUCUUGUUUGGCUUUUCUUUCUAUUUUAUCAGCUCAACGAGUCAAUAGAAUAGAUUGAAGUAGUGUUUUCGUUUCUUAAGAAAUGAAAACACUUAACACUUUUAAACACUUUUAACACUUAACAAACUAGCACUCUACAAUUUGCUAGGAAUAAGUUGCAGGUCAGGUUAGAACAUCUGUCCAAUGUUUUUUGCACUUCGUAUCUGUUGUCCUUUUUUCUUUUGUCGUUUCUUCGACCAGCCUGCAGUUGUUUGCGUAUUCUGAGAUUAUUAUUUUUUUCUUAAGUUGAUCAAGACUUUUCUCUAGGAAAACGAAACACUGCGGCUGAUGGCUAGACCACAAUUGUGCUUUUUUAGACAGUUAAAUAAAAUUAGAAAAAAUAGUGGAUAUAAUUCGGCUUUUUUAUUUAUGUUUACGUGUUUCAGAUUUUCUACGAUGGUCAAACGAUCAUUAAAGAAACCUUCAGCGCAGAAUUAACCGAAUCCACCGAUCCACCGUCACAUUCGAUUUCUACACCAAUAUCAUCACAUUCAACUAUUUCGAAACAAAGUGCUUCAUCUAUUUCAAUCGACAAUGAUAAUAACAGUAAUAAAGACGGUGAGAAUGAUAAAGAAACAAAAGAAAUAGACGAAGAAGAUAUUUUGUUACCUCAUUUCGAUAUGCGUGGGCUAACAAAAAUACGUCAACGACAUUAUCAAAGACAGAAACUGAUGAAUGCUGCUACCGUCAUCUCAAAACGAGGUAAUUCGUCAGAUGAAUUAUUAAUUCCAUUGAAACGUCCUUCACGACCGAAGAAGAAAGAAACAAAAACAACAACACCAACACAUCAUUCACCACCACCUGAUCAACAUCGUCCAAGGCGAUAUAUUUAUAAUAAAUAUAAGAAGGCGAAAAGUAAAAGUAAGACGAAGACAAAAAAUACUUAUAAUAACAAUAGUAAUACGACGACGACUACUAAUACUAACAAUAAUAAUAGUGAAUCAAGUGACGAGGACGGUACAACAGAUCCACCUACCAGUUCAUCUAUGUGGAAACACUUUACAAGAAAUGAAGAAAGAACGAAAGCAAAAUGUAAUCUUUGUACAAACACUUCCAAAGAAUUUAAAACAAAAACUGGAAAUACUUCAGCUUGUCGUCGGCAUUUAUUUUCAGUUCAUCAUUUUAAAGAAUUUGCACCGGCCGGUGGUAUGAAUGCACAGCUAUCAAUAACACCAUUAGAAAAGAGAGAAUUGAAUCAAUUAUGCAUAGAAGGCAUUAUCGAAGACGGUCGUGCAUUUGGAGAUUUGAGAAGAAGUGGUAUGAUGAAAAUUAUUAAUGGACUAUGUCCAGAAAAAGUUGGCGGUGCUUAG